AUGCCACAAGAGAACAUAAGACGUGCGUUGGCGUGGUUGCUCGUUUGCGGGCUGGCCGCGCAGGCAUCAGGAACGAAGGAGAUUAUGAAGGACGUCACUCUUGGUUUCGGGGAGGCACUGCAGCAUUGCAGAGAUGAGAGUCAAUUGACGGAGGAGAAAAUGGAGGAGUUCUUCCACUUCUGGCGUGACGACUUCAAAUUCGAGGAUCGCGAAUUGGGCUGCGCCAUCAAAUGUAUGAGCAGCCAUUUCAACCUUCUCACUGAUUCCCACCGGAUGCACCACGAAAACACUGACGAGUUCAUAAAAUCAUUUCCGAAUGGUGAGGUGCUGUCAAAGCAGAUGGUACAGUUGAUUCAUAAUUGUGAGCAGAAAUUUGAUGACAUCGAAGACCACUGUUGGCGAAUCCUGCGCAUAGCUGAAUGUUUCAAAAACUCCUGUGUUGAAGCACAUAUAGCGCCGACAAUGGAAUUGCUCAUGGCUGAAUUUAUCAUGGAAGCUGAAAACUAA